AUGGAUCACUCGAUGCACAUGGGCCACGAUAUGGGCCAUGGUGAUAUGGACAUGGGUGCUCAAUGCAACAUGAAUAUGGUCUUCACCUGGUCGUCCGAAAAUCUCUGCAUCAUUUUCCGUUGGUGGCGCAUCACCGGGCCACUCUCCUUUCUCAUCUCGCUCGUCCUUAUCGUCCUCCUCACAGCAGGCUACGAGGGAGUCCGCUCAGUAACUCGCAAGUAUGAAGCUGCGCAUAAUCAGUGGUUGAACUCAUUCCACGUGGCUUCAGCUACAGGUGGAGCAGAAGAUGGGAUCAUUGGCCAGUCUAUCGCCAACGUCUCGGAGGGUAUCCGGCCCGUAAGUGGCGAGCGCUCACCACUGCUUGCAGGACGGGAUAACAGGGCUGCUGUGGCAUGCCGGGGAAGAAUCAUGCUGGCUGCUUUGUAUGCCAUUCAGGUGUUUUACAGCUUCUUCAUCAUGCUUCUCUUUAUGACAUACAACGGUAUGGUCAUGCUGGCAGUUACAGUGGGCGCAUUCGUUGGAUAUCUAGCCUUUGCGGACGGUACCCCUGCUGCCAAGUCCGUUGCAUGCCAUUAG